AUGUCUGGCCAGCCCUGUCAGGAGGGCAUCCAGGAGCCACACGAGGCUGCUGUGGAGAUCGGAGAUGUGCGGGCUGACAUCCACUUCAGCAACCCCAGGGCUCUGCAGCCAGAGACCCUGGGACCAGCUCUGGCUACCAGCCAGCUGGCACCUGUACCCGGACUGCAGCCGCUGUCACCAGAGACCCCAGGAAACAGCCACAACAAGGAGUGGUCUAACACUAGCCCCAUAAUUGCGCUGUACCCACCGGUGAGCAGGUACCAGCCCCGGGACCACCGCAGCCCUACAGCCAGCCACGUCAGGUCCAAGCCCACCCGCCGGGCGCUGCAGCUCCCGCCCAGCACCCCCUCUGGGACGCAGAGUCACUCCCUGCACGGGCUGCAGCUGGACUGUGGCAGCCAGCCUGUCAUCCAGCCCCCAGGAGCCCAGGCAGGACCCUCAGGAUCCUCUUACAGGGGCUCCAAGAACCCGCAGGGGAAGGCCCAGUCCUGCAUCACGUGUCCUCAGGUCACCGAGGAGAGGAGGCCCAGGCAGUGCCAGGGGUCAAGGAGGACCGCGCCCGUGAGGCCCGAGACCACCCCUCAAGAGGAGACCUGCAAGCCGGUGGUCCCAUCCCUCAGCCCUGCCCGCACUCCUGCCGGGGCACGGACCCCAGUCAUCACGCGCCUGGUCCAGAGCAGUGAGCUCCGCGAGAGUGAGGCCGACCUUCAAGACCCAAGGGAGGCCCAGGCCCCGGGGGAGGCACAGUUCUUUGGGGCUGAGGAGGAGGGGUCCGCUUCACCCUUGUCCUCCUCCUCCUCUGGCUCCUGCUCCUGCUCGGCCCUGUUCCUGGGCGCCCUGGAGGUGACGGCUGAUGCUGGGGACCCCAGUCCCCCCCAGAGCCCUCAGGGUGUCUGCCCCUCCCCCCCGGCCAUGGCCUCCACGCCACGGAGCCAGUCUGAAGACGACGCCUCCAGCAGCCAAGACGAGGGGGGGCCGAGCACCUGGCGUGACCAGGAAGAUGCCGAGCCCUUGCAACGAAACCCACCACGUCUAAAGGUGGCCCAGUUGGUGGGGUUCCUGCUCCGCAAGUAUCGCACCAGGGAGCCCACCACAAAGGCAGAAACGCUGAAUAUGGUCCUCCAGGAUGACCAAGACCUGUUGCACGUGGUCUUCGGCCAAGCGUCUGAGUGCAUGCAGCUGGUGUUUGGCGUGGAGGUGAAGGAGGUGGACCCCAGCAAGCACAGCUACGUCCUGGUCCCCACCCUGGGCCUCACCUGCGAUGGGAGGCUGAGCGAUGGGCAGAGCUACCCCAAGGCCGCCCUCCUGGUGAUGCUCCUGGGCGCGAUCGUCCUGCAGGGCGACUGUGCCUCUGAGGAGGAGGUCUGGGAAGCCCUGAGCCACAUGGGGGUGUAUGCAGGGAAGCAGCACUGCGUCUGUGGGGAGCCCAGGGAGCUGUUCACCCAAGUGUGGGUGCGGGAGGGCUAUGUGGAGUACCGCCAGGUGCCCUACAGUCACCCCAGCCGCUACGAGUUCCUGUGGGGGCCCCGGGCCCACGCGGAGACCAGCAGGCGGCAAGUCCUGGAAUAUCUGCUCAGGGACAAUAAAAGGGGUCCCAGAUUCUUCCCAUCCCUGUGCGCAGAGGCUGCGAGUGAUAAGUAA